CAAGGCAGCAGCAUGGCUUCAUCGCAAGGGAAGAGUGAGCUGAAAUUCGCAGACUGGAUGGCAACUUUGCCAGAAAGCAUCCACCGCCUCCCCCUCACCAACCUAGCGAUCCCAGGGUCUCAUGACUCCUUUAGCUUCUACAUCGACGAAGCCUCUCCAGUUGGACCUGAACAACCAGAAACUGUCCAGAAUUUUGUCUCCGUAUUUGGGACUGUGGCUAAAAAGUUGAUGAGAAAGUGGUUGGCAACACAGACGAUGAACUUUACUAGCCAGCUGGGUGCAGGUAUACGAUAUUUUGAUCUCAGAAUUUCCACCAAACCCAGAGAUCCUGACAAUGAACUUUACUUUGCUCAUGGUUUAUUCAGUGCCAAAGUCAAUGAGGGCCUUGAAGAGAUCAAUGCAUUUCUGACUGACCACCAUAAAGAAGUGGUCUUCUUGGACUUCAAUCAUUUCUAUGGGAUGCAGAAAUAUCAUCAUGAGAAUCUGGUCCAAAUGCUCAAAGGCACCUUUGGAAAUAAAAUGUGCCCUGCUAUAUUUGCCCAAGAAGUAAGUCUCCAGUACCUGUGGGAGAAGGAUUACCAAGUGUUGGUAUUUUAUCACAGUCCAGUCGCUCUUGAGGUACCAUUUCUUUGGCCAGGGCAGAUGAUGCCAGCUCCUUGGGCAAACACAACAGACCCAGAAAAACUGAUUCAGUUUCUUCAGGCAUCAAUCAUUGAGAGAAGAAAGAAGGGCUCCUUUUUUAUAUCUCAAGUGGUGCUGACCCCCAAAGCUAGUACUGUGGUUAAGGGUGUUACUAGUGGACUCAGAGAAACAAUCACAGAAAGGGCUCUUCCUGCAAUGAUGCAUUGGGUCCGAACUCAGAAACCAGGAGAAAGUGGUAUCAAUAUUAUCACUGCUGAUUUUGUAGAACUUGGUGACUUUAUCAGCACUGUCAUAAAACUCAACUAUAUCCUGGAUGAAGGUGAAGCUGAUACUACUUGAUACUACUGCAAUAUAUUUGUUGUUCAUUGAGUAGAUUUAAAAAGAAAACCCAAUUGUAUUAGAAAAAAAUAUAUUGUAACAUACAGAUCUUCCUAUAACACUGAAUCUCUGAGGUGUUUAGGGCAGUAGUGGGUGGGCAAAGGGAAAUGUUUUCAUUGGUUAUUAUAAUUUUCUAUGUUAAUAAACCCUCAUUUUUUUCAUUUGAAGAUCAAAACAGGAUUUCUUUAGUGGUCGACUAGAGAAAGCCACUUGCACAUUUUCCACAAAGUACCAAAUAUAAUUUCUGUGUCUUACUUCUAAGGUUAUUAAUAGUGCCAAGCAAUUUGCUGUAUGCAGACUGGAGGGACAUAUAAUGCCCUCUGUCUGCACAGGGAAUUCCCACUGACAUGAAUGUUUUGCUGCAGACUGAGGGCAGUAUAUGACCCUAACGUUUUAAUUCAAUGCACUUAAUCUGUUAAGUGGCUUAACUGAUUGCAUUCAUUGGCGGUCAUCAGUUUAUUGGCCUUUGGGGAAUAAAUUCAAUAUAAAGUCAUGCCUGCAACUCUUGUAUCAUCAGCAGACAGCAAAUAUUCAGAACCAUAGUCUAUAGCCUGUGCAGAAUAUGGGCCAAAUCCUGAUCACCUGGCUCACCUGGGGUAGGAUUAUCAGAAGUGCUGUGCGCUUGCUGAAGUCAAAAAGUACGCAGCAUUGGCCUAACUCUAAUCCCAUCAAAGCCAGUGGGAGUUUUACCAUGGACUUCAGUAGGAGCAGAGUAAAGGCAAUGCUGAGCACUUUUAAAAAUCCCACUCACAGGUCUGAUGCAAAGCCCAUUGAAGUCAAUGGGAGGC